AUGGGCUCCAACGAAACGCCCGGCUGGCGCCGACUCAAUGUCGGCAUCAUCGGCGGCGGCAUCGGGGGCAUGUCGGCAGCCAUCGCCCUCCGUCGCGCCGGCCACCUCACGACGAUAUACGAAAGGGCCGAUUUCGCCGGGGAGGUGGGAGCAUCCGUAUCCUGCGCCGCCAACGGCACCCGCUGGCUUCACGCCUGGGACGUCGACGUGGCCAAGGGCGAUCCUGUCGUCCUUCGGAAGCUCAUCAACCGUGACUGGAAGACGGGCGAACCCGUGAGCGUGUACGACUUGGACGACUACGAGAAGCGCUGGGGAUUCGUCUACAACAUGUUUCACAGGCAGUUCAUGCACCGCAUGCUCAUGGAUUGCGCCCUCCAGAAGGAGGGAAAGGGGACGCCGUCGACGUUGCACGUCAACCACAAGUGCGAGUCCAUCAACCUCGACACGACGACGAUAACCUUUACCAACGGCGUCACGGCGCAGCAUGACAUCAUCGUCGGCGCCGACGGCAUCGGUUCCGCCGUACGCACGGCCAUCGGCAUCCAGCCGGCCAAGCGUCCGGCCGAGCAGAGCUGUCUUCACACCAACGUGUCGACGGAGGAGGCCGUCCGCGCCGGCCUCGUCGACUACUCGCAGAACAGCGCGCUCGAGUACUGGGGUGGCCAGGAGGGCAAGUGGGACAAGAUUGUGCUCUCCCCUUGCAACGACGGAAAGCUUCUCUCCUACUACUGCUUCUUCCCCCGCGAAAAGGGUGACUACGCGACCCAGACCUGGGCGAGCGAGGAUCGUCCCGUCGAGGAGCUCCUGGCGCCGUAUCCCGAGCUCGACCGAAACGUCUUCAAGCAUCUCGCCAUCGGAAAGGAGAUUCGCCCCUGGAGACUUUGGCUGCACGAUCCUUAUCCCUACCUCAGCCGCAACCGCGUGUGCUUGCUCGGCGACGCCGGCCAUCCCAUGAUGCCGCACCAGAGCCAGGGUGCCUGCAUGGCCAUCGAGGACGCGGCGGCGCUCGGAAUCCUCUUUGGCGAGGACCACUUCCGCGGCGACAUUGACGAAGUCAUGGCCGUCUACGACGACAUUCGUCUACCGCGCGUCACCCGCGUCCAGGCCGCCGCGGCGAAGGCGGCCUACAACAUCAACGAGAGAAUUGGCUUCUCUGUGAACAAGAAUAUCUCGACGUACAAGGUCGAGGAUCCCAAGAAGAUCCUCACCAUCGAAGAGAUGAACGCGUAUGACAUGCACAAGGAUGUCGAGGAGCAGCUUGCGGCCCGCCGCGGAGAGGUCUUUGCGCAAAAGUUCAUCAGGGGGCUGCCCAUCGGACUCGAGCUUCCCAGCGGCGUCAUCAUUGGAGAGUCGAAUUAA